CUCUAGAGUCACGAUGCCCUCAUGCCUGGCUUGAGUUUAGCUGUUUGCGCCGAUCUUGGAUUGCAUCUCGCAACACCAUCCACAUCAAUUACACUGCCACCUGUUGAAGCAGAAGAUUGCAGGCUAUCUCUCAUCAUGGCACCUCCUUCUGGUGAGUACAACUUAAUACACAACUCUGCCUCCAAGGCAAACACCUCAUUCUCGAAGGUAAUGGGGGGAUUAUUGGCAAUUCGUCCCUAGAGAGGCCCUGCGAGGAAUUUGGUGGCAGCCUACGAACCGGAUGGUUGACCACGGACUAUACUAACUUAACCAGGCGUUCCACCAACUCUGGCCCCAUCAGUAGAGGAAGCAUACCGUCGAAAAUGCAUCCAGCUCAAGCAACGGGUCAACGAGGUUGAACACGAUAAUGAUUCAGUACAACUUCGAGUUACCCGGCUCGAGAGAGCCGUACAAAAGAUACGCUUGGAGCGAUCAUUUCUUCUUGAGCAACUAGCAAAGCGAACAAGCACAAACGUCGAGGAUUCAGAUGGUAGCCCAAGUCCACCUCCUACUGUAAGUCUUGGAUGCCCUAUAACUUCCUACAUCAAGAUUUUAAUGUGCCAAUCGACUAACCAAAGAUAUUGCAGCCCAAAGAAAAGCCUUUACGAAACAAGCGCGGUCAUCGGAAACCAUCCUUCUUGAACAAUCUCGAUCCUUCCGCAGGAAGCUCAUUCAUCCAGCAAGGACCCGUCACACUCUCCCCAUCGUCCGAUGCAUUCUCACAUAAUAUACACGACACCGCCCGAAACUCAACGCCCCAAGCAGCAGCGUCCAAGCGAUUGCUUCCUACAACUAACAAUGGUCUGGCGGUUGGAGCUUCAGCUACGCCUGGUCGAAAGCCAAAAAGUGCCUUUGACAUCUACUGCAACGAGACCCGUUCUGUCAUAUUAGCCAGCAAUGCGGAAGCUGUUGCGCAAGGCGACUUUGACAUUGAUCAAAAGUUGGCUGUUGGAUGGCAAAAAUUGGAGGAAGAACGGAAGGCCGAGUUCCAAAAACGCUUUGAGCAGAUUAAAAAAGGCGCCAACAGCGAAAAGACUCCGGUUGUUGCUCCAAAACAAGCGGCCUUCGAUGGCGAGUAUCUGCCUGCCAGUACCGCUCCUACAGUAGAUGACCCAGACGAGGAUGUUGAGAUGGGAGAGGAUAAAACUGAACCUCCAGCACCUGUUGAGGGUGGUGGUGGCUUUACCGCUGUUAACCGCGGAUAGAUGAAACCACGAAAUCUUCGGUUUCUUUCUCCCCAAUUUCACUAUUUUAUGUUUUGCCUUAGAAUGUUGUCUAUGGCUGUUUGAUGAUUCUUGCGAAUGGCGUUCUUGGUGGAGUUAUGGUGAGGUUUUCUUGCGAAAGGAAGGGUAGCAGCCACUACUGCUAAUGUACCACCACCAACCAAUAAGUCCUUUAAGUUGGACUAUUCAAAAGUUGAUAUAUUUGGCGCCUAUCAUGGUUGCUCAGAGAAAACUAAGAUAGUGCCCAGAUAGGUCCUCGGACCUACAAAUAUUUCAGAUAUUUCUUUCUCUUUCCCUGUG